AUGAACGUCGUAUACGUAUCACUAUUACUUCUUAUCGUACGAAGGACAUUUAGUGCUGUGUCUUACAAUUGGACGUACACUUAUGAUCCAAGUUCAACUGCUUGGAAUCCGUUAAAAGGUUUUGUUCCUUAUUAUUAUUGGACAGGAUCUCAACCAACGAUUAAUUUUCCUCAUUCAAUGGAAAAUCAAUACUUCUCAAUGAAAAGUUUAAUGCUUGGCCCAAAUUCAUUUGAUUUCUCGUCAAUUGAUUCUGUUUUGAACAAUACAGCAAAAAGAAAUCAUCAUGCUAUUGUUCGAGUCUAUGCUGAUUAUCCGGGAAGAAGUUUAAAUUCGUCUAUACCGGAUUUUCUUUGGAAUGGACUAACAAUAUAUUCGGGAUCUUCUAGUCGAGAUUCCUUUCCUGAUUAUAACAAUCAAACACUGAUCGAUGCUAUGGUAACACUUAUCCAAGCAUUAGGUCAAAGAUAUGAUGGAGAUAUUAGAAUUGGAUUUUGGCAAAUUGGAUUUUUGGGACAUUGGGGUGAAUGGCAUACGUAUCCGAAUGCUACUUAUUUUGCGUCAAUUACACAUCAAAAUCAAAUUAUCACUGCUUUUACUUCUUCUUUUACUAAAACAAAGCUUCAACUUCGUUAUUUCGCUGUGACUGGAAGUUACAAUCCUAUAAAUUUGAAUAUUGGAUUUCAUGAUGAUUCGUUCUUUCAAGAUACGUAUGGACAAUCGUGGAUGUUUUAUAAUACGAGUGUCACUGUAGGAGCAAAUAAUCAAUGGAGAAGUCAACCAAUCGGUGGUGAAGUUCGUCCUGAAUUGAUGCCCUGUGCAUUUGCGAAUAAUCCUACAACAGCUUGUCAAUCAAUAACUGGAUUAAAACCUUUGGAUUGGUCUACUUGUGUUCAAUUAACUCAUUCAACAUAUCAAUGGCUUUUCUAUGCUUUCAAUACACCUGGAUAUUCUGAUUUGGAUUAUAAUAGAGCUGUUAAUGGAUCGAUCAUGCAAGGAUAUUCUUUCUUUGUAUCUCAAAUAGCUGUAAAUGAAAUAACUUGCUCAGCAUUGUCACAUGUCAUGAGAAUCAGUGUUACGAUGUCGAAUGUCGGAGUCGCACCCUUUUAUUAUCCAUUAACUAUGAAUGUCAAAGCUGCUGAUAGUACAAACAAAUCUGCAGCGAUUUACAAAUCGAUCUCUGUUCCUAUUUCGAAUCAACUCGACCAAAUUUCUUUCGUUUAUUCUUUCGAUGUGACAGUACAAACCUAUGCGAAUAUACAAUUUUCCAUUUGGCUCAAUAGCCCAUAUCUUGUUGGAAAUCAGACAAUCGUAUUUGCUAUUUCUGGUGCCAAUACUUCAGGAAUCAUUGAACUUCCGACAAUACCUAUCGAGCCUUGCGGAACGCAGAGUGUGACUGCAGGUUGUGCCUCUUAUAUCAAUUCUGCUCAAAUCAAUGGAACGCUGGGUACCUCGAAUACUAUUCGUUCCAAUACUAAUGAUUUCCAUGAUCCGUGUUCGUCAUCUGUAUCUUACAACACUGGUAUUGCACUCAAAAAGACUGUUUAG